UUUAGUCAUCCUUCUAUUUAAAUUUAUUAAACUACUCGUUUCAUUUGUGAGGCUAGAACAUUACGAGAAGUAACGUGAAACGUGCUCGCCGGCGUCUAGAAUAAUCUAUUUUGUAACAAUUUUCCAAUAAAACUAGAUAAGAUGUUUCGUGUUGCUGCUUCAAAAUUACGCCCCUGCUGCACAUAUUUAGCCAGAUCAUACGCAAAAGAUGUACGAUUUGGUUCUGAAGUACGAGCUUUAAUGUUACAAGGAGUGGAUAUUUUAGCCGAUGCCGUGGCAGUUACAAUGGGGCCAAAGGGGCGAAAUGUAAUUCUUGAACAAUCAUGGGGAUCACCAAAAAUCACAAAAGACGGUGUAACCGUUGCAAAAGGCGUUGACUUAAAAGAUAAAUUUCAAAAUAUUGGUGCACGAUUAGUACAAGAUGUUGCAAAUAACACAAAUGAAGAAGCUGGUGAUGGAACAACAACAGCCACAGUACUUGCUCGAGCAAUUGCAAAAGAAGGAUUUGAAAUGAUGUCAAAAGGUGCAAAUCCAAUUGAAAUUCGUCGAGGUGUAAUGUUGGCUGUUGACGCAACCAAAGAAGAAUUGAUAAGAAUGUCUAAAGCUGUUACAACACCUGAAGAAAUUGCACAAGUUGCAACCAUCUCAGCUAACGGAGAUAGUGCAAUUGGUAAAUUAAUUGGUGACGCUAUGAAAAAAGUGGGUCGAGAUGGUGUUAUAACAGUUAAAGAUGGCAAAAAAUUAACAGAUGAAUUAGAAGUUAUUGAAGGAAUGAAAUUCGAUCGAGGGUUCAUUUCUGCAUUCUUCUGUAAUACAACUAAAGGUCAACGAGUAGAAUAUCAAGAUGCGCUAGUCCUAUUUUACGAAAAGAAAUUACAAUCCCAUCAGCAGGUUCUUCCCGCCUUAGAAUUAUGUCAUAACUUACGAAAACCACUUAUAAUUAUUGCAGAAGAUAUUGAUAGCGAAGCUUUAAGUGCCAUCGUAUUAAACAGAAUUAAAAUAGGUUUACCAAUAGCUGCAGUUAAAGCACCAGGAUUUGGUGAUAAUAGAAAAGCAACAUUGGAAGAUAUGGCAAUUGCAACUGGCGGAACUUUAAUUGGUGAUGAAGGUACUUCAAUUAAAAUUGAGGAUGUUCAACGCCAAGACUUGGGUGAAGUUGGUGAAAUUAUUAUCACAAAAGACGACACAUUAAUGUUAAAAGGCAAAGGCAAAAAGGCUGAAAUUGAAAAACGUGCUGAAGUAUUACGUUCUUUAAUUGAAGAUACUUCAUCCGAAUACGAAAAAGAAAAAUUACAAGAACGUUUGGCACGAUUAGCAUCUGGUGUAGCCGUGUUAAAAGUUGGAGGAUCCAGCGAGGUCGAAGUUAACGAGAAGAAAGAUCGUGUAAAUGAUGCAUUAAAUGCAACACGUGCCGCAGUCGCUGAAGGUAUUGUACCUGGAGGUGGUACCGCUCUUUUACGUUGUAUUGAUGUUUUACAAAAAUUGAAAGUUGCAAAUCCCGAUCAACAAACUGGUGUUAAUAUUGUUAUAAAUUCAUUAAGACAGCCAUGUAUGCAAAUAGCCAAGAAUGCUGGCGUUGAUGGUGCAGUCGUUGUUGCUAAAGUACAAGAAAAGGGUGGCAAUUACGGUUAUGAUGCGAUGAAUAAUGAAUUUGUAGAUAUGAUCGAAAAAGGAAUCAUUGAUCCAACCAAGGUUGUACGUACAGCACUCACAGAUGCCUCAGGUGUUGCCUCAUUAUUAACAACUGCCGAAGCUGUAAUUACAGACAUUCCAAAAGAAGAUGCACCAAAUCCAAUGGCAGCAAUGGGUGGUAUGGGAGGUAUGGGUGGAAUGGGCGGCAUGAUGUAAAAAUAUAAACGUGGACAUAACAUCGAAAAUACUUUCCAUUGAAAAAUUUUUUGUAUCUCGGGUAUUCUUCUAAAUUGAGAUCUAAUACGAUUAUUUUUAUUUCCGAUUCUGCUAUAUUAGUGGUGAAAAUAAUUCCUAUAUUAGAUCUGGAUUUGGAAAUAAUUUUGUUUUGUACUAUUUUUUUUUUACUAUCGAUUUAGAAAAAUCCGUUGCACAGUGUAAACCCAAAAUAAUGUAGGCCAAAAAUUAAAUGUACAUAAUUUGUAAACAAAAAGAGCUUUAAAAUUUUAUUAUGUCGAGUGGUGAUGUCAAUGUGUGGAACAGUUUCAUUACUUGUUCAUUUAAUGCAAAUGUUAUCAAUGUUAUCUCUUUAUACACAUUUUAAUUAUUGUAGGUUAGGCAUUUUUUUUGUUAAAAUAAAACGUAUUUCUAUAAA